CCGGGGGCGAGCUCCAGCCUCCAGCCUCUGGAGCUCCAGAGCUCCAGCAACUUUGAACGUAGCUACUGACGCUGUCAUUCGAUUGCUAUCUCUUGACAACAUGCAGUCAUAUCGGGCCGUCAAUGGGAGCUCAAUGCUGUACCAGAACUCCAUUAAAUCCCUGGUGGUACACGGUCUCAUCAAGAAGAACGACGGCAAAGAGAAUCCGCUAGUCGUGUCCAGAACGACAUACGCGGACCUUACGACUCAUUUUACAGAAACAGGGGGCAAACCCAACACCCAUUAUUCCCAUGAGAUACCUUCAACGGGACCUGUACCUGACCUUCCACCUGACGGAGACAUCAAGCUCCAUCUUGAACUUGGCGAAAUGUUACACCAGGGUGACGACAAUCACACAACCGUCUACAGAGUUGAACCCAGCUCGUCGCACCCCUCGGCUACGGCGUCUACGUACUAUCCGCCCAUGGUCAUCAAGGUAGCUCCGGAACGUGAAGGCAGGAGACUCGCGGAGGAGUCUGCGCUGUACGCACGCUUCCGAUGCUUGCAAGGAAGUGUCAUCCCGCGCUGCUACGGAUACUUCAGAGAACGCGUCGAUCUUCUUCAUAACGUUGUUAUGCCGUGGUCUCCGGAUUGCGAAUUCCCGCGCGAUGACCUGGAUAUCUUCCAGUUGCCCAACUCAAACGCGAGCCUAAACUUCUUACUGCUCGAGUACCUUGACAUACCAUGGUUGUCCCAUUUAGGAGAGACCUCCCUGACAUGGUGGACGAGCUCUCUCAUUACGGGCUGCAACAUAACGAUCUGCAUGAUCGCAACGUCCGGUGGGUGGACGAGCAAGAGGGAUGUAUUCCCGGCCUUCCCUCGCCUAGACAUGGUCGUAUCUUCGACUUCCGUAUCAUUGAUCUCGAUCGUGCCUGCGUUACCAAUCUCAAGUAUAAGUUCCUAUGCGACGACCAAAAGGAGGAAAUAAAGGAAAUCAUAGGCUAGCGCAUGUGGCAGGAGGUUAACUACUUGUUGGUUUGUGUGUACAAUGCUGUCGCCGCUGGUAGCAAUAAUAAUAUGCGGUCUCA